AUGCGACAACCAACAAUGCCAAUUCCCUCGCCCUUUCAGUCUUCCAUUGCGAAGCCAGGGCAGGGCAAAGUCGUCCUCUCUCUCCUCCCACCAAACAAUCCGACCCUUACAACCCUCACCUACAAAUACCCAUUGAAGCUGGUGCCACGCACCGGUGGCUUUGUCCCAUCCCCAGAUUCCUCCGCCCAUUCAGACACCCGCCCCUCCAAUCCCGUCCACCUCUACCUUCUCACCUACGGCGGCGGGCUCCUGCCAGGUGAUCACAUCGAAGUAUCCAUCACGCUUGAACCCAGGACACGAAUGGUGGUAACGACACCACAAGGCAGCACCAAGAUCUUCAAAACAACCCCAAACAACACUGGCACAGCUCCAAACGUAAUCAAAGGUCACCGCGAUCAAAUGCCCGCAAACGUCCACAUCUCCGACAUGAGCCAGCAAACCCUUGACGUCAACAUCGGCCGCCAAGCAGCCCUCUGCUACCUCCCAGACCCCUCCGUUCCCUUCAAACACAGUCGCUACGCCCAACUCCAAACCUUCACCGUAGAUGCCACCGCAAAAGAAAACGACCGUAGCAGCGUCUGCGUCCUGGACUGGGUAACGCAAGGCCGCACCUCGCGCGGUGAGGACUGGAACUUCCACUUCUGGCGCGGCCGCAACGAAGUCUGGGCCGAAGACGACAAAGGAAACCGUCGACUCCUCCUCCGCGACUCGGUAAUCCUCGACGAUGAAUCCGGUGACCUGGACGCAACUUCCGUAUCCAAUGAAGUCGAAAUCGAAGGUGUCAAAGACAAAGUCAAAAACACAACCCACGACAAAAACACCGCCCUCGCGAAACCAGCCGAUAUGCCGCCGCAGGCGCCGGCCGGCCUGACUCCGCUGAAUAUCAUCGCGGAGCGCACGCGCCCGCACGGCGUCGUUGGCACGCUUAUCCUCUCCGGACCGGUGUUCGAGGCGCUCGGUUCGUUCAUGCUGAAUCAGUUCCAGUCGCAGCCUCGUAUUGGCGGUCGCAAUUGGUCGGAUCAUGCGCCGUCGUCGGUGCCUGAGCCCUCGAUUAGCAAUAAGGGUGAUGUUACGUGGACCGCAGCGCGUGUGCGCGCUGGCUUCGUACUUGUCAAGUUCGGCGCUAAGGAUUUUGAGACUGCGAAGCAUUGGCUUGGUGGAUUGAUUCGGGAAGAGGGUAGUGUGAUCCGCGAGUUCGGUGAAGAGGCGCUGUGCUGUCUAUGA